CCCAAUGCCGGGCUGCUCUCCUCGCAAUGGAUAUGGCUGCUGGUUGCUGGGAGUGCUCAGAGUGACGCCUGGUCUAGGAGAGGGUUAAUACUUUCCUCUGCUCUGCUGAGAGGCAGGGAAGGUUACCACAGGGAUCAAUGUGAUUAAAGCUGAAGGGAAGGAAAGAUGUGCUUGUCUGCUUGCCUGCUGCUUGGAUCUGGUGGCUGAAGCUUGUGCAUGUGUGUGUGUGCGUGUGUGUUUUCCUGCAGAUUUUUAUAAAGGGGACUGGAUAGAACCGGGAAUGAUCUUCUGUUUGCAUUCAUUGCAUUUAUGGGUUUUUUCACCUGUGGACUUGAAUCUGCCAACCUUGUGCUGUUUCCUUUAGCUGGAAAAACACACCUGGACUUAAGAGCACCCGCCUACCCCUGUGCUGCAUCCUCCGCUCUGCAAGGGCUGAAUUGGAAUUAAAGGAGAGAAAAGACUGAUCGGGUUUAAGGACAAUCAGAUCCAUUCACGCAUCGGCGAGGCAGCAUCCUACAGAGAAGCCGGACUCUCUCCUGCCUGUCAGCUUGGAUCUAUAACCUUGCCUGUGGCUAGUGAGCAGGAGAGAGAGCGAGAGAGAUAGCAGGAUAAGGAGCGGGUAGCUGAGCCGGUGGCUGGGAGGACUGACUGCAGCAGGGGCAUGUGGAUACUGGCUCUCUUCUUCUUCCAAAGCAUCUUGAAUGUGUCCAGUGAAGAUCUACAUGCCAGCCUAUAUUUUGUCAAUGCAUCUCUGCAAGAGGUAGUGUUUGCAAGUACCACAGGGACACUGGUGCCCUGUCCUGCAGGAGGGAUCCCUCCUGUGACACUCAGAUGGUACCUAGCAACGGGCGAGGAGAUCUACGAUGUCCCUGGGAUCCGCCACGUCCACCACAAUGGCACUCUCCAAAUUUUCCCCUUCCCUCCUUCAAGCUUUAAUAACUUAAUCCAUGAUAAUACUUACUAUUGCACAGCUGAAAAUCCUUCAGGGAAAAUCAGAAGUCAGGAUGUCCACAUUAAGGCCGUUCUACGGGAGCCCUACACGGUCCGUGUGGAUGAUCAGAAAGCCAUGAGAGGCAAUGCAGUAGUUUUCAAGUGCAUUAUCCCCUCCUCUGUGGAGGCGUACGUCACUGUUGUCUCAUGGGAGAAAGACACAGUCUCACUUGUCUCAGGAUCUAGAUUUCUCAUUACAUCCACGGGAGCCUUGUAUAUUGCAGAUGUACAGAAUGAAGAUGGGUUAAAUAAUUAUCGAUGCACAACACGGCACAAAUACACUGGAGAAACACGUCAGAGUAACAGCGCCAGACUGACGGUCUCAGAUCCAGCUAAUUCAGCCCCAUCCAUUAUUGACGGAUUUGAGCAUCACAAAGCCAUGGCAGGAGAGAGAGUGGAGCUUCCAUGCAAAGCGUCUGGGCACCCUAUACCAAAGUACCGCUGGCUAAAGAACAAUGUCCUGCUGGAGCCGGACAGCAGAUUUCAGCACACUGUAGUCGGUUUAUUAAUAGAGAACACAAGGCCGUCGGAUUCCGGCAGCUACGUGUGUGAGGUGUGGAACAAUUAUGGCAACGCCGAGGUGAUAGGAUCCUUGUAUGUGAAACAACCGCUGAAGGUCAACAUCAGCCCAAGGAAAGUAAAGAGUAGCGUCGGGAGCCAGAUCUCGUUGGCUUGCAGUGUCACCGGAACAGAUGACCCCGAUCUGUCCUGGUACAGGAACGGGGAGAUAAUUAACGCCGGGAACAAUGUGAGGAUCACUGGCGUCAACCGCGAAACACUCAUCAUGGACGGAAUGGCAAAAAGUGAUAGUGGCGCUUACCAGUGCUUUGUGCGCCGGGAAAAGAUGUCUGCCCAGGAUUAUGUUCAGGUGGUACUUGAAGAUGGUACGCCCAAAAUCAUUUCUGCCUUCAGCGAGAAAGUGGUGAGCCCCGGAGAGCCCGUGUCCCUUAUGUGCAAUGUCAAAGGCACCCCUCUUCCCACCAUUACCUGGACACUGGACGACGACCCCAUCAUCAAGAACGGCAACCACAGAAUAAGUCAGCUAAUCACCUCCGAGGGCAACGUCGUCAGCUACCUGAACAUCACCAACACUCAGGUCCGGGACGGCGGGGUGUACCGGUGCACGGCCAACAACUCUGCGGGCGUCGUCUUGUACCAGGCUCGAAUAAACGUAAGAGGUCCGGCAAGUAUCCGCCCAAUGAAAAACAUCACGGCCAUAGCUGGGCGGGACACUUACAUUCACUGCCGCGUCAUUGGGUAUCCCUACUACUCCAUCAAGUGGUACAAAAAUUCCAACCUUCUCCCGUUCAAUCACCGGCAAGUGGCAUUCGAAAACAACGGCACGUUAAAGCUCUCGGAUGUACAGAAAGACGUGGAUGAAGGAGAAUACAUGUGUAACGUCCUCGUCCAGCCGCAACUAUCGACAAGCCAGAGCGUCCAUGUAACAGUCAAAGUCCCCCCAUUUAUCCAGCCGUUUGAGUCCCAGAGGUUCUCCAUUGGGCAGAGAGUGUUCAUACCUUGCGUUGUGGUGUCGGGAGAUUUGCCCAUCACCAUCACUUGGCAGAAGGACGGGAGGCCGAUCCCAGCGAGCCUCGGCGUUACCAUUGACAACAUCGAUUUCACCAGUUCUUUAAGAAUUUCCAAUCUCUCCCUGAUGCAUAAUGGGAACUAUACGUGCAUCGCAAGGAAUGACGCAGCCGCCGUGGAGCACCAGAGCCAGUUAAUAGUGAGAGUUCCUCCUAGAUUUGUGGUUCAACCCACCGAUCAAGAUGGAAUCUAUGGCAAAGCCGUGAUCCUCAACUGCUCCGCCGAAGGCUACCCGGUGCCAACUAUCGUGUGGAAGUACUCAAAAGGUGCCGGAGUGCCCCAGUUCCAGCCUAUUGCGCUGAAUGGACGAAUACAGCUUCUGACCAACGGCUCCUUACUGAUUAAGCACGUUCUGGAAGAAGAUAGCGGAUACUACCUCUGCAAGGUCAGCAAUGAUGUGGGAGCAGACGUCAGCAAGUCCAUGUAUCUCACAGUUAAAAUCCCGGCAAUGAUCACAUCGUAUCCGAACACCACGCUAGCAACCCAAGGGCAGAAGAAGGAGAUGAGCUGCACGGCCCAUGGAGAAAAACCCAUCAUAGUCCGCUGGGAAAAGGAGGAUCGUAUGAUUAAUGUUCCGGAAAUGUCUCGAUACUUGGUAUCCACCAAAGAAGUGGGGGAGGAAGUGAUAUCGACUCUGCAGAUUUUGCCAACCGUUCGGGAAGAUUCCGGCUUCUUUUCUUGCCAUGCCAUUAAUUCUUUUGGAGAGGACAGAGGGAUAAUUCAGCUGACGGUGCAAGAGCCCCCAGACCCACCGGAAAUAGAGAUACGAGAGGUGCGAGCUAGGAGCAUUGCUUUGAGAUGGACGAUGGGAUUUGAUGGCAACAGCCCAAUUACAGGCUAUGAUAUUGAAUGCAAAAAUAAAUCAGACUCGUGGGAUUCUGUGCAGAGAACCAAAGACGUAUCUCCUCAGCUAAACCAGGCCACCAUCAUUGACCUCCAUCCGGCAUCCACGUACAACAUCCGGAUGUACGCCAAAAAUCGUAUCGGCAAAAGUGAGGCCAGCAACGAGCUCACCAUCACAACUGAGGAAGCAGCUCCAGACGGACCCCCUCAAGAAGUUCAACUUGAUCCUAUUUCAUCCCAGAGCAUCAGGGUUACCUGGAAGGCACCAAAAAAGCAUCUCCAGAACGGCAUUAUCCGAGGCUACAAGAUCGGCUUCCGGGAAUACAGCACAGGUGGAAACUACCAGUUCAAUAUCAUCGACGUGGACACCACUGGGGACAGCGAGGUUUAUACUCUGGAUAACCUUAAAAAAUUUACGCAGUACGGCGUAGUGGUGCAGGCUUGUAACCGGGCUGGGACUGGGCCGUCCUCUCAGGAAAUCAUCACUACCACUUUAGAGGAUGUGCCCAGUCGCUCCCCUGAAAAUGUCCAGGCAUCUUCCACUUCCCCGGAGACAAUAACCAUAUCUUGGUCUACUCCUUCCAAAGAAGCCCUAAAUGGCAUUCUGCAGGGAUUCCGGGUGAUUUACUGGGCUAACCUAAUGGAUGGAGAGCUGGGUGAAAUAAAGAAUGUGACCACAACGCAACCCUUACUAGAGCUGGACAAUCUAGAGAAAUAUACCAACUACAGCAUCCAGGUGCUGGCCUUCACCCGGGCAGGGGACGGGGUGCGCAGUGAGCAGAUAUUCACCCGCACCAAGGAAGAUGUUCCAGGCCCCACCGCUGGCGUCAAAGCAGCUGCCGCCUCGGCUUCUACGGUCUAUGUGUCCUGGCUUCCUCCUCUCAAGCCAAACGGCAUCAUCCGCAAGUACAUGGUGUUCUGCUCACAUCCCUACCCAACCGUAAUCAGUGACUUUGAGGCUGCCCCUGAUUCUUUUUUCUACCGAAUACCAAGCUUGAGUCGGAACAGGCAAUACAGUGUGUGGGUGGUAGCCGUAACGGCAGCGGGCCGUGGCAACAGCAGCGACAUUAUCACUGUGGAGCCAGUGGCUAAAGCUCCGGCUCGGAUCUUAACGUUCAGUGGUACCGUCACAACUCCAUGGAUGAGAGAUAUCGUCCUGCCUUGCAAAGCUGUCGGGGACCCCUCUCCUACUGUCAAGUGGAUGAAGGAAAGUAACGGGACACCCAGUCUAGUCAUGAUUGAUGGGCGAAGAAGUAUCUACAGCAACGGAAGUUUCAUCAUCCGCACGGUCAAAGCCGAGGAUUCUGGCUACUACAGCUGCAUUGCCACCAACAGCUGGGGAUCUGAUGAGAUUGUGCUGAAUCUCCAAGUGCAAGUACCACCUGACCAGCCGCGGCUCACCGUGUCCAAAACCACCUCUUCCUCCAUCACCCUUUCCUGGACUCCUGGGGACAAUGGUGGAAGCUCCAUCAGAGGAUAUAUAUUGCAAUAUUCAGAGGAUAACAGUGAACAAUGGGGCAGUUUUCCCAUCAGCCCCAGCGAGAGAUCGUACCGCCUGGAGAAUUUAAAAUGCGGCACUUGGUACAAGUUCACUCUGACAGCCCAGAACGGCGUCGGCCCAGGGCGCAUCAGUGAGAUCAUAGAGGCAAAAACCCUUGGGAAAGGUACUGGAGUCUUGUCCUGCCCAUCCAAAGCAGGAAAGCCGCAGUUUUCCAAAGAGCAGGACUUGGUUGCCAGCACCAAUACGACGCGUGUGAGACUGAAUCUUAUUGGCUGGAAUGAUGGGGGAUGCCCAAUUACCUCAUUUAACCUGGAGUACAGGCCUUUUGGAACCACUGUAUGGACCUUAGCCCAAAGGACGUCUCUAUCCAAAUCUUAUAUUUUAUAUGACCUGCAGGAGGCUAUGUGGUACGAGCUGCAGAUGAGAGUGUGUAACAGUGCCGGCUGCGCUGAGAAACAAGCUACCUUUUCAACACUUAACUAUGAUGGAAGUACGAUCCCCCCUCUAGUAAAGUCGGUUGAGGCGAGUGAGGAAGGAAUGAGUAACAACAAGGGGAUAAAGAUGCUGGUUACUAUCUCCUGCAUCCUGAUUGGGGUCCUGCUGCUGUUUGCGCUACUGCUGAUUGUCAGGAGAAGGCGGCGGGAGCAAAGACUCAAAAGACUCAGAGAUGCAAAGAGUUUAGCUGAAAUGCUCAUGAGGGCUAAUCUGCUGACAACAUGCUGCAAAUCCAUCUUAUCUGAUCUGCAUGGCAGAGACAAAAAUACUCGGACCUCAGACACCCUGAAUAAGCAACAGACUCUAAGGAUGCACAUUGAUAUCCCGCGAGCCCAGCUUCUAAUAGAGGAACGGGACACGAUGGAGACCAUUGAUGACAGGUCUACGGUGCUACUGACCGACGCCGAUUUCGGAGAGUCAUCAAAGCAGAAGUCGCUAACUGUGACUCACACGGUGCAUUACCAGUCGGUGUCGCAGGCUACGGGGCCCCUGGUGGAUGUCUCAGAUGCCCGACCCGGAACAAAUCCAACUACUAGAAAGAAUGCAAAGGCCGGGCCGGCAGCCCGCAACAGAUACGCCAGCCAGUGGACUCUCAAUAGACCUCACCCCACCAUAUCUGCGCACACACUCACAACAGACUGGAGGCUUCCGACUCCCAGAGCCGCCGGCUCCGUAGACAAGGAAAGCGACAGCUACAGUGUCAGCCCUUCACAAGAUACAGACAGAGCACGGAGUAGCAUGGUGUCCACCGAAAGUGCCUCCUCCACCUAUGAAGAGCUAGCCAGAGCAUACGAACAUGCCAAGAUGGAAGAGCAGCUGCGUCACGCCAAGUUCACCAUCACAGAAUGCUUCAUCUCUGACACAUCCUCGGAGCAACUCACAGCAGGGACCAAUGAGUACACAGACAGCCUGACUUCUAGCACACCGUCAGAGUCUGGAAUCUGCAGAUUUACUGCAUCUCCACCAAAACCUCUAGAUGGAGGAAAGGUGCAAACUAUGGCAGCUCCAAAGGCGCAUAGACCAGGUGACGUGAUGAACUUACCACCGUACCUUAGAAUGGACUUUUUAUUAAAUCGAGGUGCUUCAGGAACUAGCAGAGACGUGGGCAUGGGGCAGCCUUGCUUGGAACCUCAAAAAAGUCGGUCCCUGAAGCGACCAACUGUUCUUGAACCAAUACCCACGGAAAACCCUUCGAGCAGAGAGGUACAGUCAUGGCAGCCUAGCGCUGCGGCGCCGUUACCUCCCCGGGAGGGGACAGAACUAGGACAGGCCGCUAAAAUAAGCAGUUCCCAGGAAUCACUGCUGGACUCCAGGGGCCAUUUAAAAGGAAGCAAUCCCUACACAAAAUCCUACACCUUGGUAUAACAAACAAAGACUGUAAAUACUAACAAAUAAACAUGCAAAUCAAAGCUACCUUUUUCUACUGAAUUCCAACAUUUAUAAUUUAAAGAAAAAAAAAAAGAAAAAAGGAAAAAAAAAAAAAACAUCAAACAAAACAAAGAAUUUGCCAAAACCUUUAAAAAAGAGAUAUUUACAGACAGUGCAAAGACUCCUCACCUUUUCUUUCGUCCAACCACCAUUCAUCUUCCCGGAGCUCCGCCUCUUCAUAGGAUUAUUUUUCAGUCAUUUUUCCAUCAGCGGCCGCCACAUUUGUGCCGUUUUUAUACACCGUGGUGCAUGGGGACAACUUACUUGAAAGGGUUUCACUCGAUUAUUGGCUUCACAUUGGAUCGCUAUCGGCGGGACGACACAGAGAAAAGACUUUUUUGUUUGCACUUUUUUAUGAAUAAAUUUCAAGUCGAUAUUUUUUGUUACAUAGAAUAAGUGAUAUCAGAGGGUUUUUUUUGGAUUUUUUUUUAAUUUAUCGAUUUACAUUUCGUCUUUCAGAAAUAAAAAAAAAAGGUCUUUUGCCUUUUUGCUGUGACGCCUGCUUUGAUUUGCCGGCUCAGUAAU